AUACUAAUUAAUUAUCACCACUAAUUAACAAUGAUAAUUAGUACCGCUAAAAUCGAUAAUUAGUGUCGUUUAUUACUAAUCAUUAUCUACGAUUGUGUGUGUAUGUAUACGUGUAUAUGUACGAAUUUCUUUGAUUAUUUUUUCCUUGUAAAGAGUUGACAGGAGUAUUUUCGAGUUACACUGCAAACAGGUCUGAAAAAGUGCAAGAAAUACGUAUACAUUAAUAUAACGACAUAUGUAAUUUCCACAAUCAAAACUUAAUUUUUGGGGGAGAAAAUUCCAUAAUUCGUUUUCAUUAUUGAGUUAAAAAUGGAUAAAUUAAGAAGAGCCCUCAACGGCAAUGAACGAAGUUGCGAUGAAGAAAGUGGUAUCAUUUCUCAGGUUGAUGCAGAUUUUACGGUCAUGGAUCAAACAACAUUAAGUUGGUCUACCAGGAUAAAAGGUUUUGCAAUUUGUUUCAUCGUAGGGAUAUUAUGUUCAUUUCUUGGAUCCUUUGCUCUAUUUUUGCAAAAAGGCCUCGCUGUAUUUGCUGUUUUCUACACUCUAGGCAAUAUUAUCUCUUUAGCAAGCACAUGUUUCUUAAUGGGACCAUUCAAUCAAUUUAAAAAGAUGUUUGCAUCAACGAGAUUGAUUGCAACUAUAUUAGUAAUUGUUUCUGUUACUUUGACAUUAGUUGCAGCUUUAUAUUUGCACAAUCCUGGUUUAGCUCUAUUAUUUAUAAUUAUUCAGUCGCUAGCUAUGACAUGGUAUUCUUUGUCAUAUAUUCCAUAUGCUCGCGAUGCCGUCAAAAAGACAGUGGAAGCCUGUAUUACAUGAGAAGAGCAAUUGUUUUUUUUCUUCUGCAUUUGUUAUAUGAAUAUUAUUUAAAUUUCAUGGUGCCUUCUGACACUAACCGUAUUGUAAUAUCUGAUGUAUAAAUUAUCCUCUACUCAUUUUGUAAGAAUUAGAUAU